AUGAAGCAAUAUAUAUUUCUUUCUGUCUUGGUACUACUAUCCUCUUCAUUUGCACCCAUCCACGCCCGCAAGAAGUCACAUUCCGCAAUGUCUCCCUCACCGGUAGCAACUCCGGCGCCAGGACCAUCAAAUUCUGAUUGCUCGAGCGUAAUAUAUAACAUGAUGGACUGUCUAUCGUACAUCACCCCCGGAUCAAAUGAUACUAGACCUACGAAAGUGUGUUGUGGGGGAAUCCUAUCUGUUUUACAAUAUAAUCCUAACUGUAUUUGUGUCGGCUUAGCCAGUAGCAAAGAUAUGGGGAUUGAAAUUAAUAACACUAGAGCCCAUUCCAUGCCUACGACGUGCAAGCUCCCCAUUGCUGCUCCGCACUGUGCUAUACCGGGCGCGUCAGCACCGGGUGCAUCUACUCCUGUUUCGCCAUCAGCUGGAACACCUAUGACUUCACCAUCUUCAGACGAGUCACCAACAUCGCCAAAAUCAGACGAGUCACCAACAUCGCCAACAUCAGACGAGUCACCAACAUCGCCAACAUCAGACGGGUCACCGACAUCUUUACCAGAGUCACCUGAAAUGACGGCACCAUCUCCCUCAAGUUCGGGCACCAACCAGCUCCUAGUUUCAACACUGACACUCUUUGCCGUUAUCGUAUCUACAACAUACAUUUCGACCUUUUCUAAUUAA